GGCGUGCACAGACGGAUUCGCUGCGCCGCGCACCAUUGCGCGUCAUACUUCCUUCUGCGCAUGGGCGAAAGUCCUGUCACUCUACAGAUGCAUUUUAUUGGUUUGUUACAGAAGUGAAAGAGUGGAAAAAACACGAGUGGGAGUGUAAGAUAGCCAUAAGAAAAUCAGAGCGCCUCUCCUUUUCUAUGAUCCGCCUCCUCAGAAGCCCCAGCCCUCGUGGGCUGGCGUUAUCUUCACGUAGGAGCGCAUCAAGCGUAAAAGAGCGAAUUAAACAAGAAGAGCGCCAGAAACACCGAAGGGAUUUGCAGGAGGAAAGCGCUGCCCAGGUUUCCCACGUUAAAGGCCAGAAAUGGAGGGAAAAGGAGGUGAUAACAUAUAAUGUAGUGACGGAACCAGGGCAAAAGAAAGAUACCUCUGUGCCAUUACCACAUGCUUAUAGCCCUCGCUAUGUUGAGGCAGCGUGGUACCCGUGGUGGGUUAAACAAGGUUUCUUUAAACCAGAGUAUCGGAGAAAUCUUGCUCUUCCUGAGAAAACCUUCUCCCUCUGCAUCCCUCCCCCAAACGUCACUGGCUCACUUCAUCUCGGACACGCUCUGACAGUGGCUAUCGAGGACUCUCUUGUGCGCUGGAAGAGGAUGCUUGGCCAGAGAGUUAUUUGGGUCCCCGGAUCAGAUCAUGCAGGCAUUGCCACUCAGGCCGUGGUGGAGAAGAAGCUGUGGAAGGAAAAGGGUCUGUCUCGUCAUGAUGUUGGCCGGGAGCAAUUUGUACAGGACGUGUGGAAGUGGAAGGAAGAGAAAGGUGAUACUAUUUAUCAUCAGUUGAAAUCCAUGGGCGCUUCUCUAGACUGGGAAAGAAGCUGCUUUACUAUGGACAAGAUGUUCUCUUGGGCGGUCUCGGAAGCCUUUAUCCGUUUGUACGAGGAUGGGUUGGUGUCUCGCCGGUGCCGUCUAGUGAACUGGUCGUGUGCUUUGCGUUCUGCCAUAUCGGACAUAGAGGUAGACGGUCAGCAGUUGACUGGUAAGACGUACGUCUCUGUGCCUGGUUACCAAAGAAAGAUACCUUUUGGUAUUCUAUACAGCUUUGCUUAUCCCACGGAAGAGGGAGAUGAUGAGAUUAUUGUGGCCACAACACGACCGGAGACCAUGUUGGGUGACACUGCAGUUGCUGUCCAUCCAGAUGAUUCCAGAUACUUGAGAUUUCAUGGGAGGAAGCUUCGUCACCCCUUUUCAGGGCAGUUAAUUCCGGUUGUAACUCACACCCUGGUGAACCCCGAGUUUGGAACAGGAGCAGUAAAGGUGACGCCUGCGCACAGCCUGGCGGAUUUUGAGAUGGCAGAAAACCUCUCGCUGCCUGUGGUGUCUGUCAUUGGUGAAGAUGGAUUCAUGACCAAGCAUUGUGGCGAAUGGAUCCAGGGUGUGAAGAGAUUUGAUGCUCGGGAACAGGUCCUGGCUGGUUUACGGGAGAAAGAGCUUUACAGAGGAGAAGCUGAACAUUCAAUGCAGCUACCGGUGUGCAGCCGUUCGGGGGAUGUCAUUGAGUAUCUAGUAAAGAACCAAUGGUUUGUCAGCUGUGAGUCGAUGGCACAGAAAGCGCUAGAGGCAGUGAAUUCUGGGCGCCUAAAGAUCAUUCCAUCAUAUCACCAGAAAAACUGGAAGAAUUGGCUCUCACACAUCAGUGACUGGUGUGUAUCCCGCCAACUCUGGUGGGGGCAUCAGAUUCCGGCAUACCGUGUAACAGUGAAAGGGACACAGCCAGAGCAGUUUCCUUGUGAUGAAAGUGAUGGAUUCUGGGUAGUUGCCCGCAAUGAGGCUGAUGCAAGAACUAAAGCUGCCAGUCGUUUGGCGAUACACGAAGACAAGCUUCAUCUAGACAGAGAUGAAGACGUUUUGGACACCUGGUUUUCUUCUGGUCUCUUCCCGUUUGCAAUGUUGGGUUGGCCCGCGAAGACCAAAGAUCUUGAGGAGUUUUACCCAAAUUCUCUUCUGGAGACAGGGAGUGACCUUCUAUUUUUCUGGGUUGCUCGAAUGGUUAUGCUAGGAGAACAUCUCACCGGAGAACUUCCAUUCAAAGAGGUUUUCUUACACUCCAUGGUCAGGGAUGCUCAUGGCAGGAAGAUGAGUAAGUCUUUGGGCAACGUUCUUGAUCCGUUAGAUGUUGUUACUGGAAUAUCCCUUGAGAGGCUGCAGGGAAAGCUGCUCGAUGGUAAUUUAGACCCACGAGAGCUUAAAAUAGCAGAAGCUGGGCUGCUGAAGGAUUUUCCGCACGGUAUCCCUGAGUGCGGAACUGAUGCUCUACGUCUGUCUCUGUGCACACACAGAGUUCAAGGUGAUGACAUAAAUUUGGACGUUUCCUCCGUUCUCGCUGUCAGACAUUUCUGCAACAAGGUCUGGAAUGGAGUUAAAUUCACUCUCUCAGCCUUGGGGGAAGGAUUUACUCCACUCCCCAUGGAAGAGCUGAAACCUACGGCCCCCAUAGACCGCUGGCUUUUAGAUCGUUUGAGGCAAGUCACAGAGGAGGUUGAAAGUAAACUUGAGGCUUAUGAGAUCCACGGUGCAACCGGAGCGAUACAAACCUUCUGGGUGCAGAACUUCUGUGAUGUGUAUCUGGAAGCAGUGAAACUCAUGUUAAAAAACACACAAGCCUCCGAUGUCCGGCAAGUGCUGUACUGGGGCACUGAGAUCAGCCUUCGCCUCCUAGCACCAUUUACGCCAUUUCUGUCCGAGGAGCUUUGGCAGCGUCUACCCAGAGUACAUUCCGAUCUUUCCCCCAGUGUCUGUGUUGCGGAAUACCCAACGCCACGUAACACGGCUCAUUGGAUUUACCCAGAAGAGGGGAGGAGAUUUGACUUUAUACAAUUAGUGAUUAAGGCAGUGCGCAGCUUACGUGGCGACUAUAGCAUGACUAAGGUCCGACCAGAAGUUCAUAUCUUCUGCUCUGAUGAGGACGACCUUUUGUCUCUUCAAUCCUUUCUGCUGCCCCUCCAGACCCUCUCAUUCUCCAGCCGCAUUCAGCUCCAUCUGUCCCAUGAUGCCCCUGAGCAAGGGGCUGAUGUGAUUGGUUGGGCCAGGGGAGAGGUGACAGACAGUUGUCAUGUUUGCAUCAACUUAUUGGGUUUAGUUGACCCUUUAUUGACACUACCGCAAAUGCAGUCCAAGUAUCAGAAGUUAGAGCGUCAGCUUCAUGUCAAGACAGAAUGCAACAAUGAAGAUCCUGAGAGAAACACUCUCCUGCAGAAAAUUUCCAAAGUCAAACAAGCAAUCAAGACUUUACAGCAAAUGUUACCAGAUAAAAACUUAGGAGAAUGACCUCCUGUGGUCCACGUGGGCGUUACUUAUAUAUCUUCCUGUCUGUAUGACACAGUGACCCUCAGUGGUCGGAGUAUGUAUUACAGUAUGUAUUACAGGACACCUGCUGGUAUGACACUCAUUGACUCCCUGUGAUCAGUGUUUCAUUUCUUCCCUAUGGGUAGCACAUUGGUUCAUUUUGUUCAGCUUGUGUAUUAUAAGACCAAAAUACUUUUUUUUUCUGUGAAAAAAAAGUUUUAAUAAAACUUUAUUAUAAA